AUGUACGACCCUGUGGUUAUUGGAAAAGAUUGUGCUAGUAAGCCAGAUCGAUAUGAUGAUGCGUUGGACAUCGAGAGAAGACGACUACGUCAGCAUCUUGGGCUCGGCCCAAAACCCGCCUUUAUUCUUUACAGUAUCGAGACGGCGCCUGACUCUAGAGGAGCCAAAUGCAAACUUCCCAUCUGUGGAAAUAAUAUAUGGCCCGGCGAUUUACGUCUUUCGUUAAACCCUGCAAUGAGUUAUGGUGGACGGUACAGAUCGUCAGCUGACUAUUACCAUAUAUAUUAUUUCGAGAAAAUCGCCGAUUUCUCCCAAGCAGAUUUCCUAGAUCGAAUCCAGCCGUUGACCCGCAACACCUGGAAGCUUCGGGGCCUCAAAGCGGGAAAUGUCGUCCUAAGCGGCAUUUACCUUGUACCUGGAGGAGUCGAACGACUGGUCCUUCAAUGGAAAGUCACCCUUGGGAAAUGGAUGGAUAAGCGCGACGGGGUCUACGAUGAGUCGAAUCGGCUUAGCGAAGAGUUUGAAGCCUUGCUGCGUAAGGCGGGAUCGGCAGAAUAUCCAAAUCUGGCGAGACCGGAGGGGAUGUCUUUUUUUGAGUAUCAAAAUCUCCUUUCUCAUCUCGCACCGUAUGAGAGCGAUGGCUCCGGCGAUACAGAAGAGUGGAAUUUAUUUACAGCUUACCUUGAUUCGACAGCGGAGGCACUGGAUAAGCCGCACUCGUUAAGUACUAUGCUCCAGCGCUGGCAGAAUGAUGCGGCCCUUGCUGGAAAGGAGGGGCGUGAACUAGAUGAAGCUGCCAAGGAAGCCAGACACCAGCUUGGCAAGAAGGCAGUGCGAGCCCUUCAACGUUUGUCCGCCAUUCUAAUGCCCCAGACUAGCUUCGUCCAUGAUGCAUUCUUCGGAUAACAACAGUGGUGGAACGGAGGGGGCUUUCAAUCGAUAGACAGAUAGUUCAGCAAAGAUGUCAUGUUGGAAGGAUGUGGACCCUUAGCUUAUUGGUCCAUAAAUACUUUUGACAAUC